UCGUGUCCCAGCCCCCCCGUGCCCGUGCCCCCCCGUGCCGGUCCCCGCCCGCCGCCGCCUCCCCCGUCCCGGCCCUUUCUGGGCCGCCUCCAACUUCCCGGCCGGGGCGCGGCGGCGGCGGCGGCGGCUCCUCGGGGCUGCGGCGGAGCCCGAGCCUCGUUGGGCGCCCCCCGGGCCCCCCCGGCCGCCCCCCCGGGCCGCUGAUGGCGGCGGGGGCCGCGGCGGGGCCCCCCCGGCGCUGGGAGCCGCGGCCCGGCCCGGAGCGGGGCCAGGGCCCGGCCCGGCCAUAGCGGAGCGCGGAGCGGCGGCGGUGACGGGGGGGCGGCAGCUCACCAUGGCCAACUCCAGCCACAUCCAGUCGGCCGCCUCCAAGAGCAUCCGCCCGUUCCGCUCCAGCGAGGAGUACCUGGAGGCCAUGAAGGAGGACCUGGCCGAGUGGUUCAACACCCUCUACGACCUGGACAUCCAGGUGGACACCUUCCUGGAGAGCCUGGAGACGGGCUGUCACCUCUGCCGCCACGCCAACAACGUCAACCGCACCGCCCUGGACUUCCAGGAGCGGCACCCGGAGGCGGCCGCCCGCAUGCGGGUGCCCCAGAACGAGGUGGUCUUCCAGGCCAAGAACGUGGUGCCCGGCUCCUUCAUCGCCAGGGAUAACGUCUCCAACUUCAUCCAGUGGUGCCGGCAGGACCUGGGCAUCCAGGACGUCCUCAUGUUCGAGACCAACGACUUGGUGCUGAAGAAGAACGAGAAGAACUUUGUCCUCUGCCUGCUGGAGGUGGCCAGGAGGGGCUCCAAGUUCGGGAUGCUGGCGCCCAUGCUGAUCCAGAUGGAGGAGGAGAUCGAGGAGGAGAUGAGGGACCAAAUGGGCGACGGCGCGCUGGGCACGCGCCGGGAGAGCCGGGACCUCCAGGCGGGCGCCUUCCCCGGCCGGGCCCGGCCCAUCACCCUCUGCGACCUCAAGAACCUGGACGAGCUGGUGAGACACGCGCUCCCCUGGGAGCCCUGUGCCUGGGUGCGGGAGAUCCUGGGCUGCUGCUCCUGCCCCUCGCAAUUCCCCAUGGUCAAGGUGUCCGAGGGGAAGUACAAAGUGGGAGACUCCAACACGCUCAUCUUUGUCCGAGUGCUGAGGAGCCACGUCAUGGUGCGCGUUGGUGGCGGCUGGGACACACUGGAACAUUACCUGGACAAGCACGACCCGUGUCGCUGUGCUGCCCUCUCUCACCGCCUGCCCCAGCCGCGCCCCCUGGGCGUGUCCCCCCAAAAAGCAGCCCCCGGCCCCCCCUCGUCCCGCGCCUCCAGCCCCAGCACCCCCCGGCGCCCCCGCCCCGCCGGGCCCCCCCCCGCCGGGGGGGACAGUGGCCACGGCAGGACCGAGCGGGGCCACCAGCCCAGGGGGGCCGGGGACCCCCCGAAGCCGCCCAGGCAGGAGUGUUUGCCCCCCCGGGGGGGGGCGGCCCCCCCGUCCGGCUCCAACAGCCCCUCCCGCAGCCCCGCGGAGCCCCGCGGGACCCCCACGGCCAGGCCGCGCGCCCCCGCGCGCUCCCGCCGCUGCUCGGGCGACAGCGACUCCUCGGCCGCCUCCGCGCAGAGCGGAUCCCGCCGCCCCCCCGCCCGCCGGGACCCCCCCCCGGACCCCGCGCCGGGGUCCCCCCGCGCCCCCCGCGCCGCCGCCGCGUCCCCCCGCGGGUCCCCCCGCGCCUCCCGCAGCCCCGGGCGCGGCCCCGCUCCGCUGCUGCUCAUCCGCCGCCGCCCCGACGGGCAGCACUCGUGGGCACGGCCCGAGCCCCCCGCUGCACCCGCGGGGGCUCCCGGGGGGCGGCGGGACCCCCGGCCCGGCCCCGGGGACCCCGAGGAGCUGGCGCGGAGGCUGCGGGCCCCGCGCUGGCUGGAGCCCGGGCAGGAGCAGCGGCUGUUCCAGCGGCUGGAGGAGGAAUUCCUGGCCAACACGCGGCUGCUGGAGCAGCUGGGGGACACCGAGAGCCCCCCCGCGCCCCCCGCCACCGCCGACUCGGCCUAUUGCUCCUCGUCGUCCUCGUCUUCCUCCCUCAACGUGUUCGCCAAGCACGGGCUGCCCGCCGAGGACGGGCGGCGGAGCGGGAACAGCGACGGGAACAACAACAACGGGAAUAACGGGAACAACGACGGGCUGUGCCCCCCGACGCUGCCGUCCAACCCCUCCAUGGGGGACGUGAGGCGCCGCUCCACCCUCUCCAGCUCCUCCGACGAGAGCUGCUGCUUCCCGGCCUCCUGGGACAACCGGGAGACUCCCGGGAAUCCCGGCUCCGACACCGACUGGGCGCCCGGGGAGGACGAGCUGCUGGAGAUGGAGGAGACCCUCCUCGCCCCGGGGGUCUCCACACCCCCGCGGCGGCCCUGGGCCAAGCCCCGGCUGGACACGCAGCCCCACAAGGCGCCGUCCCGGAUCCCCACCCCGAGGGGUUACGGGGUCGGGACCCCCCGGCCCCACAACGGCAGCCCCAAGGCCUGGGGGGCCCUGCAGAGCGUCUUCUCCUCCCUGCUGGAGCCCCCCUGGGCCCCGCGGGAGCGCGAGGGGCUGGAGGAGGACACGUGGCCGUGAGAGGUGGCCAUGGACCCCCUGGGGACAUCCCGGAGCGGCCACUGGAGGUGGCACCCGUGUGGAGACGCGAUGGACGUGGCCCGGGGGCGGGCAGGACGCCUUCACCCGGUGACUGUUGGCAGGGGGGUGGGCCCUGCGAGGAGCCCCCAGCCCCAGGCAGGCCCAGAGGGCCCCGGGUGUGCCCCCAGUCCCCGGGGAGCAGCUCCAUGGGGGUGGUGGUGUGGUCAUGGUGGAGGUGGCCAGAGCAGAACUGGCACCUGGGAAUGGGGCUGGAGAGCCCCUGGCUCUGCUCAGCUGGGACUCUUCAUCUCUUCUCAUUCUUCUCAUCUUGUUUUCUCCUCCUCUUCGUGCUAUUCUUGUCAUCCUCCUCCUCAUCUUCUCAUGUUCUCUCAUAUUUCUACUCUUCUUUUGGUCGCCUUCUCCCUACUCUUGUCUUCUCCUCCGUGGCCUUUGUGUCCUUCUCAUCAUCACCUUCUCUUCUUGACCUUGUCCUCCUCUUGUCUUCUUCUCUUCUUGGCCUUCUUGUCCCCUUGUCAUCAUCACCUUCUUGGUUGCUUUUUUGUUUUUUUCAUCUUCUUGGUCAUCUCCCACCUCUCUUCUCUCCCUCCUCUUCCCUCCACCCCUGAGAUGACUUGGGGACGUGCAGCUUGUCACCACAACCCGGAUUUGAGGUCAGGAGGGGGUCACUGUGUCCCCUCUGGCCCCAGCACUGCUGGGAUGAUGUCCCCAGGGUGGGACAGGGCUGUGCCCCCCGUGGCCCCCACCCCUCGGGCCCUGCAUGUCCCCCCAAGCCAGUAAAGACCGAGGGAGCUGCG